CUUUACAGGAACAUUGUUCUGAGCAAUCCUGGCAAAAGAAAUGCGCUCUCCCUCUCCAUGCUGAAGUCCCUCCGUCAGGAUAUUUUGCACAAUAUUGACAGCACGGAUCUGCGCGUCAUUAUCAUUUCAGCCGAAGGGCCUGUUUUCUCCUCUGGACAUGACUUGAAGGAAUUGACCGGGAAGGAAGACACAAAGCAGCAUAUGGACAUCUUCAAAACCUGUUCAGAGGUGGCACUUGAGAUCCUCUUCACCGGAGAGCCCAUGUCAGCUCAGGAUGCCCUUCGCCAUGGACUCAUCAGCCGAGUUGUACCUGAGGACCAGCUGGAAAGCGAGACCCUGAGAGUUGCCCAAAAGAUCUGCCAGAGCAGCCGGGCCGUGUUAGCUCUGGGGAAGGCCACUUUUUACAAACAGAUGGAACAUGAUAUUGGCACAGCCUACCAGAUAGCUUCACGGGUCAUGGUGGAGAACCUGGCUCUGAAGGAUGGACAGGAAGGAAUUGAGGCCUUCAUUUCUAAACGCAAGCCCAACUGGUCCCAUUCUUGAAAUAACUUAUUUUCAAGGAACAUCUCCAGGGCAAUUGUUUCUCCAUCUUGGUAAC